AUGGCGAAUAUAGGUAAAGUGCUGGCCACUAUUAAAGCGGUUAUAACAAGAUUAGUGUUUGCCUGCCACGGCAUCAUUGCUAUUUGGCAAGUGACUGUGUUCAAGGACGACAUCAUAUAUUGGUAUUUGGCUUCGCCUAUUCUACUGCUCAUUUUCGAAGGAGUCUUCACGCUGACUAUUAAAGAAAAUCAGGAGUGGAAAUGGUUCUGCCCAUCAGUGUUCAUCUACCUCGGCCUGGUGGUGCCUGCCAUCUGGCUGCUAGAGCUCCACAAGGUGGACGUCAGGCUCAACAAGAAACUAUCGGCUUCCAACGACAAUGAUACUGUGACAAUAGGCCUGGGCGUGGCAGCGAAGAUCCCAACUGACAUGUGGGUGACGCUGAUUGAGCAGUUCUUAAUGCUGACCCUCAUCGUUGGCCGCUGGCUGCUCCCCAAGGGAGAUCUGACGAGGGAUCAGCUCAGUCAACUACUUCUAGUCUAUAUUGGAACAGCAGCGGACAUCAUAGAAUUCUUCGACUCGUUCAAAGACGAGAAGGUAGCCACAGAGAAGGUGCUCGUCCUCCUGACCCUGGCUAUCUGGUCGUGGUCUCUGGUUCAGUUCACGGUCGUCCUCACGGCGACCAAGAGCCGCAAGUCGCGAGGCACCGCAAAUAGGUCCGACAUGAACAGUAGAGCUUGCUGCUGCUCGAUUGAAGUCUGCGCCAUCAUGAUGAACAUCGUCCUUCAGGACGCCCCGUUCCUGGCCUUCAGGCUGCUCAUCAUCGCUCACUAUAAGAUCAUCAACUAUAUGAACAUAUUCUUCACCUGCAAAAAUACUUUGGUGAUACUCCUACAAAUCUAUCGGCUAUACGUCCUGCACUUGGAGACUGCAGACGACGGUGGCUCCGUCUACAGGAAGCCGAAGCAUAAAGAACACAAGAAGAAAGAACACAAAAAACACAGGGACCAUAGAGAACACAAGAAACAUCACAAAUCGAAACACAAUAAGCACGAAGGCGAGACGUCUAUAUCCGUCAUCACCGACAAGCGGCAGGAGAGGAUUGAGGGCGGCCGGAUCCGAGCCAUAAUUUUGACCAACAACGACGAAAUUGAAGAGUUGGAGCUCAGCAGGCUGUUCAAGGAUCAGGUCAGCCUGGAGAACGAGAAGAAACGAGGGAAAAAGAAGCAGAAGUCAGAGUCAGAAGAGUCCUUAAACAACAUCCAUCACACGACCGAUGAUUCCGGUAUUUGACACCAGAGGCGCCGCGAUAGCCCGCGAAGACACAGGCAUGAAAAGAAAGAGAAGAAAUGCAAGAAGAAGCACGUCUCUAGCGACAGCAGUGACAGUUCCAGCUGAACAAAUGACAGUCGCUUCCGGGUUUCCAUUUUGACAGAACUUGGCGCCAUGACGCCAUGAGCGCGUUUGACAGUUGUACCUCUGACAGGUAUUGUAGGCGUUUGUGGAAGAUAUGAAGGAGGCACAAAAAUAUGUACGCGCGACUUUGACGCAUAUUUUAGUCCCAUUGCGAUUGACUAUAUAAGAUAUUAUUAUGUAUAAAGUUGAGUAAAGUAUUAUGUAGUUUAUAUUGUACAUAUCGUCACUACUUUGAAAAAAAUCUCGUUUCUCACGCUGCUCCUCAAAGUUAAAACGCAGUAAGUCUAUACGCAUUCCAUACAUACUA